AUGCUACGAAAUUCAAUCCCUUUCUUUCUUGGAUUGGUUGUACAAAAUUUCUGCUCCCCACUGGAAACUACAGAGCAGACAAAAAGAUGUGAUAAGAAGUCUCUGCUUGUCAUGAGGACUGAGUGCCAAUCCUGCUCGCUCAGCUUUGGAAUUGACUGCCCAGAUGGUUACACCAAGGUUACCAAUGGCUCCAUAGGGGUUCGCGAUUGCAGGUAUACCUUUAUGGUCAGAUCAUACUCGUUGUCUCUCCCUGGAUGCCGCCACAUCUGUAGGAAGGACUACCUCCAGCCUCAGUGCUGCCCAGGCCACUGGGGCCCAGACUGCAUGGAGUGCCCAGGAGGAGCCAGGUCCCCCUGCAGUGGCAGGGGCAGCUGUGACGAAGGCAUGGAAGGAAACGGAAGCUGCUCAUGCCAAGAAGGGUUUGGUGGAACAGCCUGUGAAACCUGUGCUGAUGACAACUUAUUUGGACCCAACUGUACAGGAGUGUGCAGCUGUGUGCAUGGAGUGUGCAACAGCGGACUAGACGGCAAUGGAACCUGCGAGUGCUACUCUGCAUACACCGGCCCCCACUGCGACAAGCCCAUCCCUGAAUGCGCAGCCUUGCUCUGCCCAGAAAAUUCCAGAUGCUCACUUUCCAGCGAAGAUGAAACAAAGCUAGAAUGCAAAUGCCUUCCCAAUUACAAAGGCGAUGGCAAAUACUGCGAGCCCAUCAAUCCCUGUUCACAAAAUGUCUGCCACCCUCACGCUCAUUGCACGUUCCUGGGACCAAAUCAGCACAGUUGUACCUGCCGAGAAGGCUACCACGGGGAUGGCCAGGUGUGCUUACCAGUCGACCCCUGCCAAACCAACUUCGGAAACUGCCCUACGAAGUCCACAGUGUGCAAAUAUGAUGGGCCAGGACAGUCUCACUGUGAGUGUAAGAAACAUUACCAUGACUUUGUACCCGGCGUGGGGUGCAGUGUGACCGAUAUCUGCAAAUCUAACAACCCCUGUCACAGGAACGCCAACUGCUCCACCAUCGCACCAGGCCAAGCCAAAUGCACUUGCCAGAAAGGUUACGUGGGUGAUGGCUCAACGUGUUAUGGAAACAUCAUGGAGCGACUCAGAGAAUUAAACACUGAACCCAGAGGAAAAUGGCAAGGAAGACUGACUUCUUUCAUCUCACUUCUGGACAAAGCCUACGCCUGGCCACUCAGCAACCUGGGACCAUUCACUGUGCUGUUGCCAACAGACAAGGGACUCAAAGGAUUCAAUGUUAAAGAGCUUUUGAUGGAUAAUAAGGCUACUCAGUACUUUGUGAAACUCCACAUAAUUGCUGGGCAGAUGAACACUGAGCGUAUGAAUAACACAGACACAUUCUACACCUUGACGGGGAGGUCAGGGGAAAUCUUCAAUGGCGAUAAGGACAAUCAACUAAAGCUUAAACUCGAUGGAGGAAAAAAGAAGGUAAAAAUUAUAGAGGGGAACAUAGUUGCUUCCAAUGGGCUCCUGCACAUUCUUGACAGAGCCAUGGACAAGAUGACGCCCACAUUUGAGAGCAACACAGAGCAAACCAUAAUGACAAUGCUACAACCAAGAUACAGCAAGUUCAGAUCCUUGUUAGAGAAAACCAACGUGGGACAUGCCUUAGAUGAAGAUGGAGUUGGUGGACCAUACACCGUUUUUGUCCCAAAUAAUGAAGUAUGGAGUAACAUGAAGGAUGGCACUCUCGAUUAUCUCCUCUCUCCAGAGGGAUCUUGGAAGCUUCUGGAACUCGUCAGAUACCACAUUGUCCCCUAUACCCAGCUCGAAGUGGCCACCCUCAUUUCCACCCUUCGCAUUAGGAGCAUGGCCAACCAGAUCAUACAGUUUAACACAACCAGCAAUGGGCAGAUUCUGGCAAAUGAUGUGGCAAUGGAAGAACUUGAUGUCGCUGCCAAAAAUGGCCGAAUUUACACACUGACUGGAGUUCUGAUUCCUCCCUCCAUCGUCCCAAUUCUGCCCCACCGAUGCGACGAAGCAAAGAGAGAGAUGAAACUGGGCACAUGUGUGAGCUGUUCCCUCAUCUAUUGGAGCAAAUGUCCUGCCAACUCCGAGCCCACAGAACUCUUCACACACAAAUGUGUCUACACCGGCAGAACCAGGAGCUUGAAGAGUGGCUGUGCCAGAUACUGCAAUGCCACCGUGAAGAUACCAAAGUGCUGCAAAGGCUUCUACGGGCCCAACUGCAACCAGUGUCCAGGAGGCUUCUUGAACCCAUGCUCGGGAAACGGACAGUGCACAGACGGCCUCGGUGGCAACGGAACGUGCAUUUGCCAGGAUGGCUUCCACGGCUCCCAGUGCCAGUUCUGCUCGGAUCCCAACAAGUACGGACCUCGGUGUGACAAACAAUGCCUGUGCAUUGACGGAACGUGCGAUAACCGGGUGGACAGUGACGGGGCCUGCCUCCCCGGCACGUGCAGAGAGGGCUCCGCGGGGAGGUUCUGCCACAAGCAGACCUCAGCCUGUGGGCCCUACGUGCAGUUCUGUCACAUCCAUGCCACCUGUGAAUACAGCAAUGGGACAGCAAGCUGUGUUUGCAAAGCCGGAUAUGAAGGGGACGGAAGCCUCUGUUCAGAGAUGGAUCCUUGCACGGGAUUAACCGCAGGGGGCUGCAGCCGCAACGCAGAAUGCAUCAGAACUGGCGUGGGGACCCACACCUGCGUGUGCCAGCCGGGCUGGACCGGCGACGGAAGAGACUGCUCAGAGGUCAACAACUGCCUGCUGCCCAGCGCUGGUGGCUGCCAUGACAACGCAACCUGUCUGUACCUGGGCCCCGGGCAGAGUGAGUGUGAGUGCAAGACUGGAUUUCGAGGCAAUGGCUUUGAAUGUGAACCAAUAACCUCCUGCUUGGAACAAACUGGGAAAUGUCAUCCCCUGGCAGCCUGUCAGCUCACUUCCGGCGUCUGGAGCUGUGUUUGUGGAGAGGGCUAUGAAGGCGACGGCUUUCUGUGCUAUGGGAGCGCGGCCGUGGAAUUGUCAUUUCUCUCCGCGGCAGCUAAAUUUAACCAGUGGAUAAAUAACGCCUCUCUGCAUCCCAUGCUGUCAGCCGCCUCCAACCUCACUGUCCUCGUGCCUUCCCAACAAGCUAUUGAGGACAUGGACCAAGAGGAGAAAGCCUUUUGGUUGUCCAAGAGCAAUAUUCCAGCCCUGAUAAAAUACCAUACACUCCUAGGCACGUACGGGGUGGCAGAUCUGCAGGCUCUGUCAUCUUCUGAUAUGCUGGCCACGUCUUUGCAGGGCAACUUCCUUCACCUGGCAAAGGCAGAUGGGAACAUCACAAUUGAAGGAGCGUCCAUCGUUGAUGGUGACAACGCAGCCACAAACGGAGUGAUACACAUCAUCAACAAGGUUCUGAUUCCCCAAAGAGGUCUAACUGGCUCCUUACCAAAUCUGCUCACCCGGCUGGACCAGAUGCCUGACUACUCCAUCUUCCGGGGCUACCUCAUUCAAUAUAACCUGGUGAACGCAAUCGAGGCUGCCGAUGCUUACACAGUGUUUGCUCCAAACAACGACGCCAUUGAGAAUUACAUCCGGGAAAAGAAGGUCACCACUCUAGAGGAAGACAUACUCAGAUACCACGUGGUCUUGGAGGAGAAACUGCUGAAGAAUGACCUGCACAACGGCAUGCACCGAGAGUCCAUGCUGGGCUCCUCCUACCUCCUCGGCUUCUUUCUCCGCAACGACCAGCUCUACGUAAAUGAUGCUCCGAUAAACUACACCAAUGUAGCCACUGACAAGGGAGUGAUCCAUGGCUUGGGGAAAGUUCUGGAAAUUCAGAAGAAUCGAUGUGAUAAUAACGACACGACUAUUGUACGAGGAAAGUGUGGGAACUGUCCCCAGCCACCCAUCUGCCCACUUGGAAGUAAACCGCUAGGCAGCGAGACGAGGAAAUGUCUCUAUACCAUUUAUUUCAUGGGCAAGCGAUCCGUGUUCAUUGGGUGCCAGCCAAAAUGUGUGAAAACUGUCAUUACGAGAGAAUGCUGUGCGGGCUUCUUCGGCCCCCAGUGCCAGCCCUGCCCCGGGAAAGCCGAGAACGUCUGCUUUGGAAACGGCAUCUGCCUGGACGGGAUGAACGGCACGGGCGUGUGCGAGUGUGGAGAGGGCUUCAACGGCACCGCCUGCGAGACCUGCACGGAGGGCAAGUACGGCGUCCACUGUGACCAAGUGUGUUCUUGUGUGCAUGGGAGAUGCAGCCAAGGGCCGGCGGGCGAUGGCUCCUGCGAAUGCGACGUUGGCUGGCGAGGAGUGAAAUGUGACUCUGAGAUCACAAAAGACAACUGCAAUGGGACCUGCCACACCAGCGCCAACUGCCUUCCCAAUCCAGAUGGCACAGCCUCGUGCAAAUGCGCGGCAGGAUUCCAGGGGAACGGGACAGUCUGCACAGCGAUCAAUGCCUGUGAGAUCAGCAAUGGAGGUUGCUCUGCCAAGGCUGACUGUAAAAGAACCACCCCAGGAAACCGGGUGUGCGUGUGCAAGGCAGGCUAUGCGGGCGAUGGCAUUGUGUGCCUAGAGAUCAACCCAUGUUUGGAGAACCACGGUGGCUGUCACAGGCACGCAGAGUGCACACAGACGGGACCCAACCAGGCUGUCUGCAACUGCUUGCCGAAAUACACUGGGGAUGGGAAGGUCUGCACGCUCAUCAACACCUGCUUAACCAGAAACGGCGGCUGUAGUGAAUUUGCCAUCUGCAACCACACGGGCGAAGAAGAGAGGACCUGUACUUGCAAGCCGAACUACAUCGGGGAUGGGUUCACCUGCCGCGGCAACAUCCAUCAGGAGCUUCCCAGGAACCCCAAAACUUCCCAGUAUUUCUUCCAGCUGCUGGAGCAUUCUGUGCGAGACCUGGCUGGUCCAGGCCCCUUCACCGUUUUUGCACCUUUGUCGGCAGCCUUUGAUGAUGACCUUCGGAUUAAGGACUGGGACCGACAGGGCCUGAUGUCCCAGGUUCUUCGGUAUCAUGUGGUCGCCUGCCACCAGCUGCUCCUGGAAAACCUGAAAUUGAUCCCAAAUGUUACUUCUCUUCAGGGGGAGUCAAUUGUCAUCUCCGCCUCUCAGGACACGAUGUAUAUAAAUAAUAAAGCCAGGAUCAUAUCCAGUGAUAUCAUCAGUACCAAUGGAGUCAUCCACAUCAUAGACAAAUUGCUGUCUCCCAAAAACCUGCUUAUCACCCCCAGAGAUGCCGCUGGGAGGAUUCUGCAAAAUCUUACGACACUGGCAAUGAACCACGGCUACACCAAAUUUAGCAACUUAAUACAGGAUGCUGGUUUGCUGAGCCUCAUCACGGAUCCCAUCCACACCCCGGUCACUCUCUUCUGGCCCUCCGACCAAGCCCUCCAAGCCCUACCCCGGGAACAGCAGGACUUCCUGUUCAGCCAGGACAACCAGGACAAGCUGAAGGAGUAUCUGAAGUUCCACGUGAUCCGAGACGCCAAGGUUCUGUCGGUGGAUCUGCCCAGGUCUGCUGCCUGGAAGACCCUGCAAGGCUCCGAGCUGAGUGUGCGGUGUGGCGCUGACAGUGACAUCGGCGAACUCUUCCUGAACAGUCAAACGUGCAGGAUUAUACAACGGGAGCUCUUAUUUGACCUGGGUGUGGCCUAUGGCAUUGACUGUCUACUCAUUGACCCCACCCUGGGGGGCCGCUGUGACACUUUUACUACCUUCAAUGUCUCGGGGGAUUGUGGGAGCUGUACCUAUACUCCCAGCUGCCCGAGGUGGACGAAACCAAAGGGCGUGAAGCAGAAGUGUCUGUACAACCUGUCCUUCAAGAGGAACCUGGAGGGCUGCCGGCAGCAGUGCGCCCUGGUGAUCCCACUGCCCAGGUGCUGCAAGGGCUACUUCGGGAGAGACUGCCAGGCCUGCCCCGGAGGACCAGAUGCCCCGUGUAAUAACCGGGGUGUCUGCCUUGACCAGUACUCUGCCACGGGAGAGUGUAAAUGCAACACUGGCUUCAACGGGACGGCGUGCGAGCUGUGCUGGCCAGGGAGAUUCGGGCCUGACUGUCAGCCCUGUGGCUGCUCGGACCACGGACAGUGUGAUGAGGGGAUCACGGGCUCUGGACAGUGCCUCUGUGAAGCUGGGUGGACCGGCCGCUUCUGCGACAAGCAGGCAGCUUUGCCCCCAGUGUGCACACCUCCUUGUUCUGCUCACGCUACCUGUAAGGAGAACAACACGUGUGAGUGUAACCUGAAUUAUGAAGGCGACGGAAUAACGUGCACAGUGGUGGAUUUCUGCAAACAGAACAACGGGGGCUGCGCGAAGGUCGCCAGGUGCUCCCAGAAGGGCACCAAGGUCUCCUGCAGCUGCCCCAAGGGCUACAAGGGGGACGGCCGCAGCUGCUCGGAGGUAGACCCGUGUGCGGACGGCCUCAACGGGGGGUGUCAUGAGCAUGCCACCUGCAGGAUGACUGGCCCGGGCAGGCACAAGUGUGAGUGUAAAAGUCAUUACGUAGGAGACGGGGUGGACUGUGAGCCGGAGCAGCUGCCCAUCGACCGCUGCCUGCAGGACAACGGACAGUGCCACGCCGAUGCCCACUGUGCCGACCUCCACUUCCAGGAUGCCACCGUUGGGGUGUUCCAUCUCCGCUCCCCACUGGGCCAGUAUAAACUGACCUUUGACAAAGCCAAAGAGGCCUGUGCCAAUGAAGCUGCAACCAUGGCAACCUACAACCAGCUCUCCUAUGCUCAGAAGGCCAACUACCACAUCUGUUCAGCAGGCUGGCUUGAGAGUGGGCGGGUUGCCUACCCCACAGCUUACGCCUCCCAGAACUGUGGCUCCGGUGUUGUUGGGAUAGUGGACUAUGGACCAAGAAACAACAAGAGUGAAAUGUGGGAUGUCUUCUGCUACCGGGUGAAAGAUGUGAACUGCACCUGCAAGGUGGGCUACGUGGGAGAUGGCUUCUCGUGCAGUGGAAAUCUACUGCAGGUCCUGAUGUCCUUCCCUUCACUCACAAACUUCCUGACGGAAGUGCUGGCCUACUCCAACAGCUCGGCCAGAGGCCGGGCAUUCCUGAACCGCCUGACUGACCUGGCGAUCCGUGGCACCCUCUUCGUGCCACAGAACAGCGGGCUGGGGGGAAAUGAGACUCUGUCUGGGCGGGACAUCGAGCACCACUUCGCCAAUGUCAGCAUGCUUUUUUACAAUGACCUUGUCAACGGUACCCUCCUGCGGACGAGGCUGGGAAGCCAGCUGCUCAUCACCUCCAGCCAGGACCAGCGCCAACCGGAGACCAGGUUUGUCGAUGGAAGAGCCAUUCUGCAGUGGGACAUCUUUGCCUCCAAUGGGAUCAUUCAUGUCAUUUCCAGGCCUUUAAAAGCACCUCCUGCCCCAGUGACUGCAGCCCACACUGGCUUGGGAACAGGGAUAUUCUUUGCCGUCACCCUGGUCCUCGGAGCCAUCGCUUUGGCUGCAUAUUCUUACUUCCGACUAAACCGGAGAACAAUUGGCUUCCAGCAUUUCGAGUGUGAAGAGGAUUUCGAUGUCACAGCUCUUGACAAGCAGCUGCCUAAGAAUAUCUCGAACCCCAUGUAUGACAGCGCCACCUCGGCUCCCCCAGAACCUUCCUACGACCCCUUCAUGGACUCUGAGGACCAGCUGCUGGAGGGCAGUGACCCCCUGGGGGCGCUGUGAGGGCCGGACCCGCUGCAGCCAGCGAGCCCCACAGCCACCUGGGCCCCCAGCCUCCUCACAACUGCUGUGAACUGUGAAUCCUCGGCCCCAGUUGCCUCUGGGGAACAUAAGGUCCUUGAACAAUUGGAAGUGUGUCUGAAGCACGCAAGUCGUACCUCAUCUCCUUGGUUCAUCUGGGGGAUUCUUUUGUUUCUGUGGGUGAGGAAUGAUGUGAACUCCACCCAUCAACUCAGGGGACUUCCCCCACCUCUGACCUUUGGCUGUCCUUCCUGUGUGUCACCUUCAGUACUUAGAUGGCACUUCCUACAUCCGACCCAACUCGACAGUAACUGUGACCUCCUCUUAUUUUCCUACUAGAUUGUAAGCUCCCACAGGCAGGGACUCGCCUCAUUCGUCGUGUAUCUGAGCACUUAGCACAGUGUCUGGAACAUGAAAGGGGCUCAAUAAAUGUUUAUGGGACAGAAAUAAAGUCAGUGGGACAAU